AUCUCACUGCCUAUUACACGCAUCUUGCUUUCUCUCGCAGAAAUCUCACUUUCUACCAGACGAAUCGCGCUUCCCAGCAUAGUCUCCUCGAGCUCUAUCCUACAAUCGGCCAUUAUGUCGUAUGAAAUGUCGACACAACACGCGACUCGCGUUGGAGCAAGACCAUUCAAUCAUAGCCAAUCUCAAGCUGCUGAACAAGAAUACGACCGUCUUCGAGACCUUGCCCGACAGGAAGCUGGAAAACGGUCUUCAUGUUUUGCCAAAUCACAACAAGCAUAUUCCAACGGCGACGGGGCUGCUGCACAUACACUAUCUCAGCAGGGAAAAGACCAUGGAGCAAGAAUGGAACAAUACAACAAACAGGCUUCCGAAUACAUUUUUCGAGAGAACAAUGCCGAUGGUAGAGUACCAGCAGACACUAUUGAUCUGCAUGGCCAGUUCGUUGAAGAGGCAGAAGACAUUCUUGAGGAGAGAAUUCGAUAUGCUCAGUCCCAUGGACAGAAUCAUCUUCAUGUAAUUGUCGGCAAGGGGAAUCACAGCGUCAACCACGUUCAGAAGAUUAAACCCCGUGUUGAACAAGUUUGUCAAGAGUUGGGAUUGCAAUACCACGUCGAGCCUAAUGAAGGACGAAUCUACGUUGAUCUGACUGGUGGUCAGGUAAAUAUGCAGCAUGUCAACAACUGGGGAGGAUAUCAAUCACAACAAGGAUACCAACAGUCGUAUCCAGGAGGACAACAGCAGCAGCAACAAUAUGGGCAGCAACAACAUGGGCAGCAACAGCAAUACGGAAAUCAGCAACAACAGCAACAGUAUUAUGAUCAAGGACAAAACCACGGAAGCCAACAACAAAAUCUAAUUGCAAAGAUCAUUAACAAGCUGUUAAAAAUGCUGUGUGGAUGAUCUCGAUGUCGAUACUCGACUGACCGGAACGUUUAACAGUGUGUCGCAUGUUGGUCAUCAUAUCCACGACGCGACAGCGGCAGCAGCAUCAACAGGCAGACGCCAUGUUCGAUUCACAGUUCAGUACCGGAUCUCGGCGACAACUCCGACCACAAUUCGUCCGCUGGCCAGCAAAGUCGGGGUCAGGCUUGACGUUAGCUAACG